GUGAAGUGUAAGCGGGGACGCCAUCUUGAGGAGACCCCGAACGCAGCGCUCGGUUGGCGGUGAUUGACAACAAUCUCAGGCGCAUCAUGAUGGGAUUACACACUGACAAGUGAAACAGCAUCACUUCAGUUUUUUAAGUGCAGAAAUUAAAUGGAAGAGGGGCAGCGGUGUGGAGAGUGUUGACCGCCAAAGGGUUGUUUUUUCGGGCACAAAGAGAGGCUGCGCUGUGUAGCCUGAUGGCCGGCUAGCUGCUCUCUGGACUCCGACGCGGCCUGCAGGAGGAGGAAGGGUGGUGACGGCACAAAAUGCUCUACCGCUGACUCCCAACAACAUACCUGAGACUCGCUGCGAGCUGGACGACGAGCACGAUGCACUUAUAGAUUUUAAACCCUCUUAACUUUUCCACAUUUUCUGUUGUUGUGUGGAGGCUCUGACCGACAGUGAGUGACCCUAAACCCCCCAAGACAUGUCAUCCAACUGCACCAGCGCAGCGCCCAUCAGCGCUAGCAAAACCAAGACGAAAAAGAAACAUUUUAUAGGACAGAAAGUGAAACUAUUCCGUGCAAGUGAACCCAUUCUCAGCGUUUUAAUGUGGGGUGUCAACCACACGGUGAACGAGUUAAGUAACGUGCCUGUACCAGUUAUGCUGAUGCCAGAUGACUUUAAAGCCUACAGUAAGAUCAAAGUGGACAACCACCUAUUUAACAAAGAAAACCUGCCUAGUCGCUUUAAGUUCAAAGAGUACUGUCCGAUGGUGUUCAGAAACCUGAGGGAGAGGUUCUGCAUCGAUGACCAGGACUACCAGAACUCUCUGACGAGGAGUGCUCCACUUAACAGUGACACGCAGGGUCGCUUUGGCAACCGUUUCCUGUCCAGCUACGACCACCGCUUUGUAAUCAAAACAGUGUCCAGUGAGGACAUCGCCGAGAUGCACAACAUCUUAAAGAAAUAUCACCAGUUUAUAGUUGAGUGUCAUGGCAACACGCUGCUCCCUCAGUUCCUAGGCAUGUACAGGCUAACGGUGGACGGCGUGGAGACGUACAUGGUGGUGACCCGGAAUGUAUUCAGCCAUCGGCUCACCGUACACCGCAAAUAUGACCUGAAGGGUUCUACGGUCUCUAGAGAAGCCAGCGAUAAGGAGAAGGCUAAAGAACUCCCCACUUUUAAAGACAACGACUUCCUGAAUGAAGGCCAGAAGCUUCAGAUUGGAGAUGAGAACAAGAAGUACUUUUUGGAGAAGCUAAAACGGGAUGUAGAGUUCCUGGCCACCCUUAAGAUCAUGGACUACAGUCUUCUGGUAGGCAUCCAUGAUGUAGACCGGGCAGAGCAGGAGGAGAUGGACGUGGAGGGCACAGGAGAGGAGGAGGAGUACGAGAACGACGGGAUGGGAGGAGGGGUGCUCACCGGCUCCUUCGGCACACCUCCCGACAGCCCCGGGAACCCUCUCAACUGUGGAGGAUUCUUCGGCCCCGGGGAGUUCGACCCUUCUGUGGACGUUUACGCAAUCAAGAGCCACGACAGUGAGGGUGCUGUGAAGAAGGAGGUAUACUUCAUGGCUAUCAUUGACAUCCUCACGCACUAUGACGCUAAGAAAAAAGCUGCACAUGCUGCCAAAACUGUGAAACACGGGGCGGGAGCCGAGAUCUCGACAGUGAACCCAGAGCAGUACUCUAAACGAUUCUACGAGUUCAUGUCCAACAUCCUAUCAUAGAAUCAUCUCCCCCUCCCCCAAGUCCAGCCUUUCACUUCCUGUCAUGGAUCUGUCAAACGCCACGCACUUAUUUCUCUUUGUCUAUUUCCCCCACACCCGCUCCCUGCCUCUCUAUGUCCUUUAAAUGUUCUUUUUUUUUUUUUUUAAAUAUCAGUAUCUUCCCGGUGCCAGCAUGAGUCUGGCAGGAAGGAUGCAUUGAGCCUGUUACAAUUUCUCCACACAGAUCUCCCUGCCUCCCUCAUCCACCGCAAGGAAAACUUAUGAACCCCCCCCCCAGCUAGUUUGGAACAUCCUGAUAAUCUCCCUUUUAUUUAAAAAAAGAAAAUGUCUGCCUCCUGACCCGCCUCAGCCACCUUGUUACUCCUCACGCCAGCACGGAAACUGUCUCACUAAUGCCUUGAACGAGUUACCAGUUCGUUAGUAGAGUCUCUUCGGUUUCUGUUCAUGUCGAUGUUGUUCUUAUGAUUUCUAUUAGACACAAACACACACACGCGGAUGUAAACAACUCACACAGAUGCUGAAUGGUCAGAUUGCAUGACAAACUCUUUGACAGUCGCCUUCAGACUUCUCUCUCUCUCUCUCUCUCUCUCUGUUACAACAGAAAAAAAAUACAAACUACUGCUGACAAAUUGGAACAACAGGGGAUAAAACAUUCAUAUAUAAUGGUGUAUUACGUAAAUGAAUGCAAUAUCAAAAUGCAUGGCUGAUGUGUACAUGAGACUCCACCAGUACGUUGAAACAUCAAAACCACUGAACUUAGCGUCUGACUGUUUUGACUAAAACUGAAAAAGAAAACAAACGGAAAAGAAAAAAACAGGAAAAAAAAACUUGGUGUUUGAAUGUUACGUUGCCAUAUUGUUUUUGAAUAUUUUUUAAAUUUAACCGUGAGCUUGGUGGAGGUUGGUCUAAGAAAAAAAAUUCACAUAAAAAGGGGAAUUCUGCAGCAAAUACUUGUUUUAUUACCAUAAGGAUCAUUUUUAUAUCUUGUUUACAUUAAUGUAGCAAUUUUGUGUUUGUAUACAGUAUUGUUUUGUUACCAACAGACAUUAGAAAAAAAAAGGUUACUUGAAAAUGAUUCAUUGCAUAUUAAAGGGAGUUUUAUCUUGU